AUGGUACUCGCCCUAGACGGCGCAGCAUCGACAGGGCUGUCUGCCGACGCGGCGAGCGCUGGAAAACGCGAGGGAGAAGGAAAGAGUGGAAGGCUCGAGGGAGGGAUAAACAGGGACAGAGAGGGAGGCGCAGAAGGCGAGGGAGGCCAAAGGCCCGAACGAGAGGCUGACAGAGAGAGCCUCAUUCUCGUGGCGUACGAUAUGUUUCCCGAACUCCAAGAGCUUCAACUGCAGGAGAGCGAAGUGAAGGUAACGCGCGUUCCUUUCUCGCGCGCUCUCGUCAACGCCGUCUCCUCUACAGGAGCGAGGAAGCGAAAGAAGCCCGCAGAGGCAACUACCCGCGCAGGCCUCGACGGGUGCCCGGCAGCGACGCGGUCGAACGCGCCAGAAACCGAGACGCCGGACCACCGUGGAGACGCGAGGCCGUGUUCACACGCGAGGCCGAGAGACAGCGAAGCGGAGGAAGAGAAGCCGACUCUCGAGGAGAGGAAGGAAUCGCCCUGUGCUCUCCACAGCGGCUCUCUUAUACCCAGGCCUGCUCAUCGAUGCGACGAGGACGACAGUGGCGAGGACGCCGGACGCGAUGUGGAGACUCCCCACGCGUGGGUCUGGAUGUUUGAGUACAGAUUCAUUCGCUAUAUCCUCGAGGCCCCGGUCGGCGAUGGAAAUCGCUACGCAGGUCCGCUUCCGACUUCCUCGACCUUCAAACCCCUCGUUUACAAUGUCUGCUUCCCGCCGGACAAGCUGCGGAGACAGUUUCUCCGCUCCCCGCCGAGCCUUGACCUCGUGCGCCUGAGACGGGACCUGUUUGGGAGCAGUUUGAUUCGCGUCCAAGUCCCGUCUCUCGCCGCCUUCAUUCUCAAAGACGUCGUGCACCCCUUCUACAUCUUCCAGCUCUUGGCCGUCGGUCUCUGGUUCGUUGACGACUAUGUCCAGCACAACUUGCUUCGCCUUCGAGAUCUCGCUGCCCAGCGUUGCUCCGUCGCAGCCUACCGAACGACUUGGGUGAAAGAGAAGUUCUCUUUCGGAGAUGGAGGCGCGCAUGCAGAACGCGACAGACAGAGAGAGGGCGAGGAGAAGACCGGCCGGCCUACGCUCCCAGAGAAGGGGAAAUCGGCGUCCACGAAGGAAGUGGACGAGGAAGGAGAGAACGCACAGGGAAUGGAGGAGAGUGAGGGAGGCAUUUGGACCGCAGCGGAGAACACUGUUCGUAGCGCGCGUGCUGACGAGAUAAGACACACGAGAAGGGUGUCGAGAGAGGAGAUCGACUCUGCUGACCUCGUUGUGGGGGACAUCUUCGAAGUCACGAUUGGCAUGGUUCUCCCCUGCGACGCCAUCGUUUUACGAGGGACGAUCGUGGUGACUGAGAGCUGUUUGACUGGCGAGAGCUUUCCCAUCAUCAAAACUCCGCUGCCCGAGGCCCGCGCCCACGGAGAGGGAGACGAAGAGACGGGACUCAACCUCGAGCAGGCUGCCAAACAUCAACUGUUUGCCGGCACUACAGUCCUCUCGGUCAGGGCGCCGUCGGUCUCCUCUUCUGUUGAGUCGCCCACGGCUGCUCCGAGGGCUCUGGCGGCAGUUUGCCGCGUGGGCUAUGCGACGGCUCAGGGACGAACUUUCCGAAGACUCCUAUUUCCCUCAGCCGUCCGAAUCGACUUCGAGAAAGAUGCUCUCAGGUUCGUGGCCAUUUUGGCUGUCUUGGCGGCCGUUGGGGGCGCCUUCACGCUGGUCAUCUCGCUGCUCCACCGUCUCCCAACAACGGAAAUUUUUUUCCGCGUUUUCGAUCUUUUCACCGCCGCCGUUCCGCCUGCUCUCCCAGCCUCGAUGAGCGUCGGUCUCUCCGUCGCUGUGACCAGGCUGUACUCGCUCUACCGAGUCUACUGCACGGCGCCGGCGCGUCUCAGCCUGGGCGGGUACGUGCGUUGUCUCUGCUUCGACAAGACGGGGACGCUGACCGAAGAGGGCGUCGGGAUGGCAGCCUUCUUGCCGGCCUGCCAUUGCGCUUCGCGUAGCUCGCUGUCUCAGGAGAAGACCCGUCCGGCGGAGUCCCCGCAAACCGAGGCGCGCCUCGCGUCCCCGGCCUCGCCGCGCUCGCUGCAUGCACGCUCUGCUGCGCGAGAAAGAAGGUCUCCCUUUUUCCUCCCCCUCAUCUCGCCGCGUGGCCUGUGGACCCGAGGCGCCCGAGAGAGAACGCGCGACGCCGCUUUCGCCUCGCCCGCAUGCGCGUGCCUGAAAUAUUCCACGCAGUGCAUGAGCGCCUGCCACUCGCUCCUUCGUGUGGGCGGAGAAGUUGCAGGCGAUCCUCUCGAGCUCCAGAUGCUAACCCACACCAAGUGGCUGCUGCUCGACAGCCAAGGGAGUGAACACCCAGAGGGAGAAUCAAAAAGAGAGAGAUCCAGAGAAACAAAAGAAGAAAGCGAAGAACGCAAAGAGAGAGAAGGGAAAGAAGAGAGAGAAGAAAGAGACACGAGAGAAGGGAGAGAAUCUGCGGAAGAGACGCGUGGAGGGAGCAAGGCAGGGUGGCGAGGAGAGGGAAGCCAAGUUUCGGGCACAGAGCUUGCGACCGCUUCGGCUGUCUCCGUGCCUUACUCAAGAGGCGAAGGACAGGAACGCGAGACGGACUUGCGUCUGUACGGAGACGAUGGAACGGAGAGAGGAGAGGAGACGGGAAACGAGAACCCCCCCGGAUUUCCAAGAAGAGACUCCGUUGUCGUCGGUGUCCCCGAUGAAGAACAUGCAGCCUUUCAGCAGCUGCAGAGAGGGCUGCCGGGAGGCGGCGAGAUUCCGGGUUUGACGUUCAUGCUGCCGCCGGACCCGCUGGCUGAGAACAAGCGCUCUUUGAGAGGCGCUCUGGCGAUUGUGAGGCGAUUCGACUUUGACGCUUCUCUGCAGCGCAUGAGUGUGAUUGCUGUAGACACCGACACUCGCGCUUACUUUGUUUAUUGCAAAGGCAGCACGGAGGUGAUUCGCACGCUGUGCGACCGUCGAACCCUACCUGCGGAUUUGGAGGAAAAGCUCCAACGCUUCUCAGCGUCGGGCUAUCGAGUCAUUGCUCUUGCUGGUCGGCGCCUCCGCCCGCCGUCUCCACCUUCUUCUCCACCUUCUUCUCCACCGUCUCCACCGUCGUCUCCUCUCUCUUCUUCCCUCGCGUGGUUCGCUCGGCAUGUGUCGCGCGAAGCAGCGGAGAGGAACCUGACUUUCCUCGGCCUCGCGCUGUUCACCAACAAGUUGAAAGACGAGACGCGGGAUGUCAUUUCGACGCUGCGGCGGGCGCAGUGCACGGUUAGAAUUGCGACGGGAGACCACGCCCUCACCUCCAUCGCCGUCGCUCGCCAGUGCGGCCUUCUGGGCGCAUCUGCGCCUCCGACGGAGAGGCGGGAGAAGAGACAAGGGCGACCGAGGCGGAGAGCUGUGGGCUCGAGCGACGUCGGCGAGGAGACAGACACUGGUGCCCAGACUGGCCAGAGAGGGGAGGCGAAAGGGGGGAUGCGCGGAGGCGUCGCCGCGCUCUUCUGUGGCAGUCCGAGAGACAGCGUGACAGGCGAAGGCCUCGACAGCGAUGCGAAGAGAAGGUGGGGAGGAGACGCACACAGGAUCCCCGCGCAGACAGGUCCUCGCGACGACCGCGGAGACACCGUGCCCGACCUCUCACGAGAAAAGAAAAGAUGCACGCCGGCCGGCUCGCCUGGUCGCGCGUCGCCGCGCAGUCUCUGGAACUGGCUGCGGGGACUCCAGAGGAGAUCGGGCAGAGACGUCUUCCCUGAAGAGCUCGAAACUCGCCUGCUGGAGUCGGCGCGAGCAGAAGAAGAGACAGUCGCCUCGUCUUUUUGGCACGAAGAAGAAGGGGACGCAGAGACAGAGCCCCAGGAAGAAGGGCGAAACGCGGCGUCAGCUUGUAGGAGAGAAGAGAGCGAAGAAGGACGAGAAGACACAGUCCAUCUCGCCGCAAAGGAAGAUUCAAUCCGGGUGGUUGUCUGCCCAGCCGAGGAGCCCGAGGGGGGCGAAACGGAGAGAGGCGAAACGGAGGAGAGCGGAAGACACGGAGGCGGGUUCAGCUUCAGGAGCUCGCAAGAGUUGAAGAGUCGACGCUUCUCCCACGCGGCAAGCCGAGACCGAGACGAAGCGUACGCGGAUGAAGAGGAGACAGAAGACGAAAAACGCCGAUGGAGACCAGACGAAGCGGAAGAAGCGGACGAAGAAGAGGAAGAGAAAGGCGCACCGGUUAUCAUUGUGGGAGACGUGUACAGAACGGACGACGACGAGAAUCACGUCGGCGGGCCGGAGUACUUGGUGUGGACUUUGUUUCCCGACGCGCAUGUGACCCGGGAGAGUUUGGAGACUCUUCCCACUUCUCGCGCUGAGGGAGACGACGCGUCGAGUUCCUCGCGGUGUUCUCCCUCUCGUUCUUUUUCGAGUUCUCGCGGCCGAGGCAGCGUGGCUUCGCCCUCUUCUCUCCCUGCGGCAGCGCCUCAGUCCUCGUGCGAUCUCCGCGAGCUUCUCGCGACGCUGCCGGACAUUCGCUCCGCCUCGCUGGUUGUCACGGGUCGAGCCUUCCGGCACCUCAAGCGCCUGCAGACUCUCACGCACUUUCCGUAUGUGGAGGAGUGCGACCAGAUGAUCGAGCGCGUGCGGAGACACCAGCAGGAGAUCCAGAUGGCGCACCAGGGACAGCGCGAGGACGCCGAGGAAGACGGCGAGGGAGGAGAAGAAACAGGCCGAGGAAGAGAAGAAGGGCGGUCGGCGGGUGAGAUGGAGAAUCUGGGGUUUUUGUCGGCGUGUCGAAGGCGGCGAAACGACGAGAGAGGGAGGCGACGCGCAGCGGUCAAAAGAGAAGACAGUGGCGAGGGACGAGGCGCGUACCGCCCACCAGAGCUUCACUGCGCCUCGCUGUACGGGCACGGGGCCCGGGACAGGGAAGGAGAGGACGAGCGCAGAACUCCCAGAACAAAGAGAGAAAGAGAUGGAGAGGCGCGCGAUGAAGAGACGGUGGCCAUCGACCUGCACCACGCUUGUGAACGCGAAGCACGCGGACCUUGUUCUCUCUCUCCGCCGCUGUCUGCCGCGCCUCCGAGCUUCCCCAGGCACAGCGUCUCGCGCCCAACAGGGGCCCAUCUGGCGUGGGAGUGCGACGCCGAGAAAGAAUGCGUGCGCUUCAGUCCUGGAGCUCCAUCUCCUGCGUUGCCUUCUUCGCCUUCUCCAUCUUCUCCAACUCUUGCUUCUUCUAUCUACGCCUCCGUCGGCGUUGCUGACAAACAGGCGAGACGGUUGCUGUCGCUUCUUCCUGGACCGAUGCGGCCAGUGCGGGGCGGAAGAUUGCCAGGGCGCAAGAGAGGAAAAGAAGAAGAAGGCGAGCACGCGGACGUCGAGACGGGAGCGGAGGAGUCGCUGUGGGAGGAAGACGAAGACCUCUAUUUCUCUUUUAGCGAGACAACACGAGACGCUCCGCGAGAACCCGCCGCCAUCCGCGAGAACUCUGAGCCGAGUUGCGCAUCUGCCCGUCUCGGGGCUUCCGCGGUGCCGCGCGCGCGCAUCUUCAGAGGGCCUUCGGGCCCGCAGCUCGCCUCGUCGCCCCUCCUCGCAGCCGCAGACUCCGUCUUUCCCCGCCUGUCGCUCCCGCCGGCGCCGACGCCCGUGGUGUCGCCGCUGCUGGCCCCGAGCGCGGGGCCGGGGGCGAGCCGCCGAGGCGAGAAGGCGGGCGCUGCGGCUCGCGGACGGGGGUUGGGCUCGGAGGCAGGCCUGUUUUCGUCGCCUCUCGCGUUUCCGCGCGCCUCCCGCCGGGGGAAAGGCCUGUUGAGCGGUCGGGGGUUGGACGGAGGCAGACGCAGGCGACAGAGCGCCGCGCCGUUCUCUGGAAUCGACGUUUUCCUCGAAACCAGCGAGGGGUUUCCAUCCUGUGCCGCCGACGCGGAAGGUCAGAGACCGGCGGGGUGGGGGAGCGCGCGCCGCGAACGCGAACGGCACAGGCGAGGCAGGCCUGUCCACUUUUUCGCCAGCAGCAGCGAGAGUGAAAUCGCAGACGGAGACGAAGGGCGCGAGCCGCACGCGCCCUGCCAAAGGGGAGACCAGCGGAGAGAGGAUCUGCGCGACUCCAAGUUCUUCUCCUUCCUCAAGUGGCCGUUCUUCCGGCGAAAAGGCGACUCCGCGCGAAGGACCGAGGGCGACUUGGCGGCGCGCAGUGACCGGGGCCUGCCGUCCCUAAGCGGGCCGCGUCGGGGCAGCUCGGGGCGCGUGGCGAGGCGAGGGGACGGGCGAGAUCAAGAGACACUUUCUGUGGGGCGCAGACGAGCUGCGCGGCGAGACAUGCGAGGCGACCUCGCGGGCGACGCCGCGGGGCGAGCCCCGUCGGCUGUUGCGGCGUUUGAGUCGGGCGCGGAGCGAGAGAGCGACGGGAGAGAAGAAAGGAGAAAAGAGCAGAGACGACGAGACGAGCAACAGCUGCGGACGGUCGUGGAGGCUCUCAUGUUUCCAGGCGUCGCCGAGUCUCUUAUGCGACAGCAGCAGGAACGAGGGGACACCUGUCGACCGCUGCGAACCAGAUCCCGCGGGCUUGUCUCUGUUUCGCGAGGGCCGCGCCGCUGCUCCUGUGGCGGCGACGGAGAAGGCGAGAAGGAGAGACAGAAGCAAAGAAAGGCAUCUCGGCGGGGAAGGACGCAGAGCGCCACGAAGGAUCGAAGAGCCAGGAUACGCUCGGUGUCUCUCAGACGAAGACCCGAGACCCGGGACAGAAAUAAGGAAGGAAGUUGUCCGCCCACGGAGACCGGCAGGCGCGAGCAGAACGCGGAGCGCGAAACAACCGCAGGUGGGCGACGCAAGGUUGAGGGAGAAACUUCUGGAGAAGAGAAGGCUUCGUCGUGCUCGUUCUUCUCGUCAACUCCCGCGCCGAGUCCGCUCCCGCCAGCGGGCACGGCGUCUCCCCUGCAGUUCGCUUCGCCCCGCGCGUUCGAUGCUUCCUCUCUCUCACUGCGCGCCCUAGGUGCGAAACCAACGAAAGAACGUGCAGGGAGGACAGAGGAAGGAAAACAGGCAGAACGGACACAGCAAAGAGAAGACCGCAGAGAAGACGGAGAAGAGAGAGAAAACAACGUAGAAGAGAGAGAAGAAGAGAGAGAAGACAACUUGGAAGAGAGAGAAGACAACUUAGAGGAGAGAGCAGAGAGUUUGAUGGCUUCCCGCCGGAUGUCGUCUUCAUCUCUGCCUGUGGAUUAUUUGCCAGGGUCGGAGGCCCUCGUGUGUUUUGUCCAGCAAGAGUUGCAAAAACACCAGGCGUAUCACCAUGUGUUCUCUCCGGGAGAGUAUUUUCCGAUCAAGGAGCGGAGCGACUUGCCGCCGCUGUCCCGCGUCGACUGUUUCCCGUCCGUUUUCCAGCUGGCGGAGCAGGAGCGGGGCGAGCAGGCCUCGUCCCUCGCUCCGCGACUCCCCUCCGACGAGGAGAGCGGUUUUGGGGACACCUUCUUCGAUCUCCUGGCCUCACAGCUGCCGAAGGCCGAAGAAGAAGAAGCCGCAGUCGUCGCCACUGCGUCUGCGCUCCUCAAUCUCCCAGCGACUUUCGACUCCGGCCAGCCGCAGUCGCCGCGCAGAACGCUCGAGUCGCCCCCCUGCAGCGUCUCAGCCGCCAGCCUCGAGGCGACGGAGACAGAGAGACAGAGACGGGGGGCAAGCGCGGACCGCUCGCGGCUGAAGGCGCGCACAGAGAGGGAGACCCCGGGCGACGAGGGGCGUCCGGGGACAGAAUCCCGGGGCGCGUCUGAAGAGCGGAGCCGCCGCGGAGAUUUCGCGCUGCGAGGAGACGCGUGCGGGCGAUGCGGGGAUUCGCGAGGCUACGCCGGACCAAUGCGGAGUGGGGAGCGGGUGAAGACCUCCGCGAUUGAUGCCAGUGAGGAAGCAGCUGUCGGCAGAUCGGCACCGGAUGCGCCCGCGGGCGACAAAGCAGAGAAAACUGCGCGCAGCGAACUGGCGACUGAGAAGAGAGGCCGCGUCCCGGGUGGGGCGUUGCGGCCCGCGAAGAAGCUGGAAAAGAACGAGCUUUCGACAGAAGUUUCCUGGGAACUGCGAGAGGUCGAGGAAGCCGCUCAGCAGUUGGAGGGCCGAGAACGUCGCGCUGGAGCACUCGAAACGGGAGGUGCGGCAUCGGAUGGACGGGCAAGCGGAUCGCGGAGAGAAGCGAAGAGAGACGCUGCAACUGUCUCCGGGGACACGACCGAAGACGACCAGCCGAAAGGCACUGGUUCUCGAGGGGACGGAGAGAUGUCUCGAACGCCGCGUGACGCGCACACACACGCCUCGCUCUCCGCCUCGAGGCCACCGGUGAAUGUGUGGGAAGGCUUGACGCUGCAGCUUCGAGUGUUUCAGAGCCCCCAACCGCGCCCGUCUUUCUACAACCGCUGGAGACUGGGACGAACUAGCGUCGAGGCAGCCCCGCCCUGUGGGGCGCGUGCACCUUCCUCCGGCAGAUUCGCGUUUCGCUGUGCUCCGCCCCCUCCGGGCCCUCUGAGCGCUGCGGUGUCUCUGCUGUCUCCUUCGCGGGCUUCAGUCCCUCGCUCUCUCGCCCCAGACGAGGAGGCUGGCGCGUCUUCGCGCGAGGCGACAGGUCACGCCUUCUUCUUCCACAUGUCGCUCUACGAAUACGUCGUCCGGCAAACAGUCGUGCUGUGCAGGGCGAGUCCGCAAGACAAAGGCGAAUUUGUCUCUGCUCUCCAAGAACUCCCGUCCGAGCCGGUCGUCGCCAUGUGUGGCGACGGCACGAACGACGCUGUGGCCAUCAAGCAGGCAGACGUGGGGCUCUCGAUCGUUUCCCCCCUGAUCCUGGAAGAUGCCCCAGUCUCCAGCCACGCGCCGAGUUGGAGUUCUUCUGAGGCAGCGACCGGCCUCGAGCGCAGGCGCCGCGUCCGGGCGGAGACACCCGACCCCUUCUUCUCUGGCGCCGCCUCCCCCGAGGGCGGCGACGCUGUUGCGUCACGACCCAGCGGCGCGUCGCUCGCGUCUUCCUUCUCCGCCGUGUCGCUCUGGGCUGCAGUGCAACUGCUCCGAGAGGGAAGAUGCAUGAUCAUGAACAGUUUUAGCACCUUCAAGUUCAUUGCCUGCUACUCCGUGCUGCAACUCACCUCCGUCCUUCUCCUCUACGCUCAAGCCGGAAACCUCACCGAUUCACAAUACAUGUGGAUUGAUUUGAUCACAAUUCUCCCUCUGUCCGUCGCUGUCGCCCGAACGAAUGCGGCGGAUGUUCUCUCUCACCUCACUCCUCCUCGCAGCCUCGUCUCGGCUCCCGUGCUCGUCUCUCUCCUGGGUCAGAUCCUUCUCCACGUCUUCUUCCAGAUUUUCGCUCUCAUGCACCUGCGGCGCCAGCCUUUCUACGUCCCUUUCGUCCCUCCGAAGACAGUUGACGGAGGAAACAGUUUGUCUGGGAUGGAGAAUACCGUCGUCUUCCUCAUCUCCUCCAUGCAGUAUGUUUUCUGCUGUGCUUCCUUCACGUCCUCCGGCUUCCCGUGGCGGAAAGCGAUUUGGACAAACCGCCUGUGUUUCUUCGGUAUGGGCAUGCUUUUGCUUCUGCCGAUUCUUCUUCUGCUCUUUACGCCCGCGGAUUUCCCUCCGCCGUCUUCGCAGUGUUUCGCGCUCCUGGCGUCCUGGCUGAAUCUGCGCGUGGCUUCGAUCCCGCGGUUCUACCGGCUCCAGUUGUUACAGCUCGCUUCAUGCAACGGAGCGCUCUCGCUCCUCUUUGAGACGAUCGUCGUGCAAAAGCUCCUCGAACGGCACGUCGAGGAAUCGACGCUCAAAAGCUCGAGGAUCAGCAGUGCCCACAUUCCAGCAGACCAACGAAGAUACACAGUCACCGUUGUGUAUCCGUAG